AUGGUCCUCAGUCCUAUAUUUCAUGAUCCUCAAAAAGAAACUGAUGUACAGAUGGUAGUAACGGAGUCUUCGGGCAAUAGACAUCCUGAUGGUGGCAGUUGUGAAGAUUAUGUAUAUUCGGCAAGGGCACUAUUGACAAUGAAGCUGUGGGAGAAUGUUGUCUUAUUGCAAGCAGUUGGUAAAUUUAGUAUUUGUUGCUUGCUAUUACAUCAUGAUGGUGGUUUUUAUGCUGUCUUUGAAGUUAAUAGCAUUGAAGUUCCAAAAUCAAUCCUUGAGUUAUCUGGCUUCAUCAUGAAAUUGGAUGAUAUUUAA